UGACUCUGCGUGCCGCCUGCCUCACUUUGCUCCUUGAGAUAGGCAUUUCACCUUCCAUUGCCAAGACUUUAAUGCUAUCUACCAGCAGUCGUUGUUACUCCCUGUCAUAGAAGUUUUCCAAUAUUGACACCGAAGAAGCGUACGAAAUGGUGCAGACCUACGGCGUUGCCGUGGACCACGGAGGUGCAAGCGAACUUCCUCCAGACGAACUACAUGGCGGGGAGAGCAGCGCCCUGUUGGGUGCAGAUGCGACGCCGAAGGCAGUGAUUGCUAAACGAGAAGGUGCGGGGAGCCUGAUCAGCAGUGUGAGCAACCUUGCAAACACCAUCAUUGGAAGCGGGAUGCUCACAUUCCCUUUGGCAAUGGCUUCCGCGGGUAUCAUCCCUGGUAUGAUAAGCUGCGUUCUGUGCGGCUGCAUUGCUUCAUUUGGGCUCUACCUGCUUUCUCGUUGUGCACAGUACACUGCGCAUCGCAGCUCAAGUUUCUUCGCAGUCUCGAAGCUGACAUUCCCCAACGCAGCUGUCUUCUUUGACGCUGCGAUUGCCACGAAGUGCUUCGGGGUCUCCGUCAGCUAUCUGAUUAUCAUCAAGUCAUUAAUGCCUAAUGUUGUGUUGUCCUUAUACCACGAUCUUACAUCUCCGGACACGGAGCCUCCUGCUUGGGCUGUCUCCGGCCAAGCCUGGAUUUCUCUCUUUAUGGUUAUCCUCAUACCACUUUGCUUCCUUAGAAAGCUGGAUAGCCUCCGGCACACGAGCUAUAUUGCUUUGUUCUCUGUUGCAUACCUUGUGCUAAUUGUUAUCGUUUGUUACUUCAAUCCUCUGAGCGGAACUCCGGCUCGUGGAGAGGUACACCUCGUACAUUUUACACCCACCUUCAUUUCGACGUUCCCUGUGCAAGUGUUUGCAUUCACCUGCGCACAGAAUCUCUUUCCGCUGUACAAUGAGCUUAAGUCAAAUAACCAGAGACGGAUGAACAUAGUCAUCGGGAGCGCUAUUGGUUCAGCUACAAUCACUUAUGAAGUCAUCGCAGUCUUCGGGUAUCUAACUUUCGGCUCAAAGGUUGGAGCGAACAUCAUUGCAAUGUACCCGUCGACAUCGCUCUUUAUUGCUAUCGGACAACUCGCCAUAGUUAUUCUUGUCCUGUUUUCAUACCCGCUGCAAGUGCACCCUUGCCGUAAUUGCUUAGACAAAGUCUUCCACGAUAGCGACGCACUCAUUCACCACAAGCCUAUCGUUGAGGAUGAUGAAAGCGACGUUUUUGAUUUAGACCAUGUGCCACAUGAAAUAAGCCCAAUGAAGCAUGCCGUGCUGACUACCGCCAUCAUUGCUUCGGGUUUCACGAUUGCCUUCUUUGUCGAUGACCUGCAACUUGUGCUAUCAUUCGUCGGGUCUACUGGGUCCACAACCAUAUCUUUCAUCUUGCCCGGGUUGUUUUUCUGGAAGCUUUCCAAGGACGAUCCUAGCAUCAGCCGUAUACUGAAUCGGGCUUCGCUGGCACUUGCUAUCUAUGGAGGAUUCAUCUUUGUCUUCUGCCUGACCUUCAACAUAUACCAAGUGUUUCAGUCUCCUGGGCAGUAGUGAUUCAUUAGUAGAAUACGUAUUUAGAUUGGAUGGACAACCAGGGCCAAGCUGCAAGACUGUGCAAGCGCAGUGAUAGACUGUGGUCAUUUACCAUUUUCUCUGUUCCAUCCGUUGUAUGACAUGUUUAUCCCAUCUGUAGUAUAUAUAUAUCUAUAAAACAUUCGCG